UCUGUUUUUCUUAAAACAGAAAAUGUUGCUUAAUCUUGACCUUUUUUAUGACUGUACUUUAACCAAAUAAACCUUUAAUUUAACUGAACGGUUGUGUUAGCUAACGUUAGUAGGAAACCGUAAGAGGAAGCCAAUUAGUGAACUGUUUUAUCUUUAUGAUACCAAACAGUCAUCAACACUACAUAUAUAACGUUACCCGUUAAAGGCUGUGUCAAGUACCUGGGGAUUUUCCGUACUAAAUAUAGAUUGACUCGCCAACAACUUAAUUUUUCAUUUAAAAUAACAGAAACUAGAAUAGUCUUCAACGAGAUCUGUCCAUGUUCGGCAGAGGGCUUCUGUCUAAAGGGUCGUCCCGUUGUGUUCACCCCGCUUGGUAUUUAUUUGGUCGUGACAAAAAUGCUGAUGAUAUGAAAAAGUGUUACUGAAUUUUAUUUGGAUUAAUAAAUCCCAUAAAAUUAGGAAAUCUGUUUUGUCUAACAGGCGUUCUGACGGUGGACUGGAAGUUUUAGAUUUCGAAGAAUUAGUUGAGAAUUAGAAUUAGUUGGUUAAAAAAAUGUCUCCGUAGUAAUAACUCAGUAUAGUGCUAUAUUUCGUAGAUUGGGUGGUCUUUCUUUUAAAAUGCAAUUUCACCCCUUUUAAAUCGCCGAUCUCUCUCGCUCUAAUUUUCAUCAACAAGAUGUACUUGCUUGGAAACUGUUAUGUGCACAACUUUUCUCCCAACAAAGUAAUUCUUUGGAAUAAUUUGAACAUUUUAAUCCCUGGAAAAUCUUUUAUUUAUUUAUUUUUUUUUAAUAUUGACAAGUGGUAUGACAGAGGUAUUGUUUUCGUUUUGGAUUCAUUUAAAAAUUCUGGUACUAUACUGGAGUAUGAAGAAUUUAUGACUUUGUAUAAUCUUCCCCUGCCAGCUAGUUCUUUCAAUUCUGUUAUCAAAGGUUUGAUAUCAUGUCAAAGGUGUCUAUGGGUAAAGUACUGCUCCGAAAUGUCAUCAGACACACAGAUGCCCAUAACAAGAUUCAAGAGGAAUCUGAGAUGUGGAAAAUGAGGGACCUUGAGCGACAGACCUUGUCUGCUCAUCUCCCAAAGCACAGGGGUGGCAUGCACUGUGACCGUUAUUUGGAAGGCUCAGAGGGGUCCAUGCGAGAGCGGCUUGGAGACAGGAGAGAUGAGAUGUCUGAGAGAGAUGAGAAGGAGGCACGAUACUGGACGCAAAAACUGUACGAGUUUGAAGCCAAUGAUCCUGACAGGUGGGGCCACAGUGGAUUUAAGGAGCUUUAUCCAGAGGAAUUUUAUUCUGAUGGAGAAAAAGACUGCAGUGAUAGUAAACACAGAAGGAAAAAACACAAGAACAAACCAGACGCUGACAUAGAGAAAUCUUCCAAGAAGUCCUCUAAGAAGAAGAAAAAGAAAAAAGAGAAGAAGAGAAGGAAGUCAGCUGCCUCAGGCUCUGAGACCUGCAGCGGUGAGGAGGACACCGGCAGGAGGAAACAGAGGAGGAAGGGAGGUAAAAGCAAGCAUAGGAAAAAGGAGCACAAAAACAAAGACAGAACCGAGGACAGCCAUUCAGACACAAGGACGAGAACGCACAGGAAGAGAGACUGCCCUGAAACGGACACGCUGCCCGAACCUCAAAGGAAAAAGCGGAAAAACUGGAAAGUGGCGAAUGAGGAGAGAUCAGAGGAGAGCUCUGAUGCUUGACCAGGCUAGACGCAUUUUUAACAGUGCAUAUCAUUCAUAUUCGGGAGACCCUGAUCAUGGGCUUUAUACCUCACCAAACAGACACUUGAUGGCUUUUUUCCACCAUGUUUGCAUCCCGGAGAAUUUGUCUUAUUUUUAUGAGGUUGUAUAUUUUCUAAACAUUUUUAAAUAUCUUUGAACAUUUUCUUUUACUAUUUGUCAGACUGAAAAACUUUUAUUGUCGUAUAAAAAACUCAGGUAUUCUUCUGCCACGUGUGAAAUUGAAUUGAUUUUUUUUUUUUUUUUAAAUACUUUAACCUGCAAGCUAUGACAAUACAAUUGUGUGUGUGUGUGUGUGUGUGUGUGUGUGUGUAUAUUAUAACUUUUUUUUUUUUGGUGCCAAACAACAUUUGUGUGUUCAGUUUGAGUAAAGUAUGGCAGUUGUCCGGAAGGUGGCCCUGUAGCUCCAUCUCAAAGCGAGGCUGCCUGAUUUUCUUUUAAUGACUUGUUUUGAACGGUUUCUUGUAAACGCUACUGUUUACUUCCGACGUUUACGGAUAAUGGCUACUUCCCCUUGCUAAUGUGUCUGCUUUCACUGAUUCAUUUGCACUAAACUGCCAAAGUUCAAACAUUCAUGUCAUGUAAAUGUAAUGUCAUUAAAGCUGACUUUUGAA